UUUCUAGAAUUUUAAUUUAGAUUUUGCUACACAGCAAAUAAAAAAUUUCAAAACUUCAGAAAGAAUAUUCAAUAUCAUGACGAAUUUGUAAUUACCAAUUGGAAAAGUAAAAUGGAGCUGUUUGUGACAUUGGAUAACAUCAUAAUACAUGACAGUUUAAAAAAUGAAAGUUUGUGGUGUAGUCGAUUUGAUGGUCAACUUCUACCUUAUUCUGGUGAAAAGCUGUCAGAGGCGUGGCAACCGAUGUGUAAAGGAAUAGUUUAUGGUGUUAUUGGAAAGAUGCAAAUGUUGCCAGGGUCAGAUUGGAAGCUACUUGUUAUCACUGGUCGGCAAUUUGUUGGUUACCUGCCUGGAGGAAUCGAGGUUUACAACAUUUCCAGAAUAGCUGUUGUAUCUUUAUCAAAUGAUGGUGUAGAUUAUAACGACUUAGAGUUGGAGGUUUGUUCUUCACAUCACUCAUCUACUGUAGAUGUUUUGGACACUAAAAGUAAAUCACAGCAGAAGGUGCAGCAAACAUGGAACAACUUUAAAAGUAGUGCUAACAACAUCACUGGAAGGACUAAUGUUGUGUUAAAAGAAAAAGAUAAAUUGGAACGAAGAUUGUUAGAGGAGUUGUUAAAAAUGUUUAAUGAUUCAGGCUCAUUUUACUAUUCAACAAAUGGUGACUUAAGUAACACACAAAGCAGAUUGCAGACUUUUGAUAUACCUUAUUGUUGGCAACAGACUGAUGACAGAUUUUUUUGGAAUAAAUCAAUGCUGGAGGACUUGCUAGAAUCAAAUAAUCCAGCAGCUCCUAAUUGGAUUUGUCCGAUAAUUCAAGGCUAUGUUCAAAUCGAGAGGUGUUUUAUAGACCAUUUGGAGUAUUUAAAUGAUAAAAACGGACUAGACAACACAGAUGGUGGUAGUGAUGAUGAGGAUGAUGAUGCAUGGGAUAUGACUGAUUUUAAAUCUUCAGAAAAGUACCGCACAGCAGAGAAUAUGAAGGAAGAUGAGUACGAUAUUGUGAUCAUAUCAAGGAGAAGUAGACAUCAAGCAGGGACAAGAUAUAAACGCAGAGGAAUAAAUGAAAACGGACAUGUGGCCAAUUAUGUGGAGACUGAACAGAUUGUGUGUGUGUUAAACCACAUCGUGUCCCAUGUUCAAAUUCGAGGCUCAGUACCAAUCUUUUGGAGCCAGCCUGGAACAAAGUAUCGUCCACUUCCGCAAAUAGACAGAGAUUUCUCUGAGUCCAAAGUUGCAUUUGGAAAACAUUUUGGUGAAGAACUUGGUUUAUACAAGAAAAUGGUGAUUGUGAGUCUUGUGGAAUCAGCUGGUAGAGAACAGAUUAUCGGAGAUACAUUUCUUGAUCACAUAUUUGAAUACAAUAGCGAAAAUCUGACAUAUGUAACGUUUGAUUUUCACGAGCAUUGUCGAGGUAUGAAGUUUGAAAAUGUUUCAACAUUGACUGAUGUUUUGGAUCAUUACAUUCAACAGAUGGCAUUCCAUUGGGUAGAUGAUUCUGGUCCCAUCAUGCAACAGCAGGGUGUAUUUCGUGUCAACUGUAUGGAUUGCUUGGAUCGUACUAAUGUAGUCCAAGCUGCUAUUGCGAGAGAUGUUCUUAAAUCAAUUUUACGAAAACUAGGCCGUCUUCUACCUGAUGAAGUGCUACCACCUACAUGUCGACGUAUUCAUAAUUGUAUGUGGGCUAACAACGGAGAUGCGAUAAGUCGACAAUACGCCGGAACAGCUGCGAUGAAGGGCGAUUUCACAAGAACGGGGGAGAGGAAGAUGAUUGGUGUGAUGAAAGAUGGGUACAACUCAGCAAAUAGGUAUUACUUGAACAGGUUUCGAGAUAAUUACAGACAAACUGUUAUUGACAUGAUGCUGGGUAAGUCCAUUUCAGACGAUCUUACUGAGAUCGCAACAGAAUCUUCUAGUACUGAUGACGAUACUUGGACAUCAGAUAAGGAGGAGUGCAUUCGGCAGUUGGUACGUCAUAGUGAACUGUCGCUCCUUCCACGUGAUGAGGAAUGCUUGGGAGGUUGGGCACUAGUGGAUCCUUUCACCUUCGUGACACCCUCAGAGAAUCCCCAAGAUGAAGAUGUUAUCUUGUUGCUAACUCAUGAAGCUUACUAUGUUGCUAGAUACAGUGACGAGUUGGAAGAAAUUUCAUCGUAUCAACGAAUACCUAUUGAGCAACUGGAAAAGAUCGAAAUAGGUGUUGAUAACAUCAAUUUCAAGAAUCAAUAUAUAUUCAUGAGACUUUUUUAUCGUUGGAAUAAAUCAAGUGGUUACUUUCAUACGAUGAGAACAAUACAACAAAGAUUAUCGGAUGAGUCUAAAGGUAUAUUGUUGUCAAUAGCGGAAGUCUUCCUUUCUGUUUGCCGUCAUCAGGGCAUAGGUUUGAAAGUCGUCGAAACUAAAUUUGACAAGCGUCGUUCAAAGCCGCAACAUAACAUUAAACCGUUAACGUCAAAAAGAACGUUAAGUACGUCAAGUCGGAGCGAAAUGACCACUGUCACAGAUAAUGACGGUAAAACGUCGGCAAACCAACGGAGCAGAUCGUUAUCAAACACGAGUCCUAAAAUAUCUGUGGAGAAGAGCAAUGAUACUCCUCCAUCGAUAAAUGUAGAAGACACGGAGAGUGAGUUCAUGAAAUUCCACUUGCAGUACUCUCCUACGAAUAUGGAAGAGAAAUUCUCAAAACUUGACAACGAUAGGAAUUCUAUACCAAAAUCUGUAAGUGAUAGUAAUAUCAAAAAAAAUACCCCAGCGAAAGAACAACCGCUGUCUAAAGAUCAAUCGCUGAGCAAGGAACAACCGCCCAACAAGGAACAACCGCCCAGCAAGGAACAACCGCCAAGCAAGGAACAACCGCCCAGCAAGGAACAACCGCCCAGCAAGGAACAACCACCGAGCAAGGAACAGCCAUCCAAAGCUCCCAACAAAGUGGAUGCAUUUUUCCGCAAAACAAAAAUAGCUCUUAAUAAUGUUGGUCCCAAAUUCCGUGAUUUAUCUCCAGUUACUAGAAACAACUCAAAAGCGGAGAAGAAUGUGGAGGGUCAGGAAGUUGCACCCUCUAAAUCAACCUUUCAAAAGCUGAACGAGCGUUUCAUAAAUCGUUCCGAAGUGAAAAACCCUUUAAAAAUGUUACCAGAAUUUAGGAAUAAAAUUCAAACUGCUUUGAGCAGUCCUAGGUCGAGGCGAAAGCCGCGUCUGUUAUCAGAGCUAGAUAUAGAAAAGAGAAAAAAUUGUAAAACUAAAAUUUUGGAGCUUUAAAAGUUUUUUAAUAAGUUAACUUCAAGAUAUAUAUAUAUUACGUACACUGU